AUGAAAAUAUUUGCAAAUCAGAUGAACCACACAGUUACACUGCACUUUCCGUUCAGAAUAGAUGGAUACGAGUACAAAGCAGAGAUCCAAACGGCAAUGAUCAGAAAAGAAAACAUUGUUACGUUCUCCUUGCCAUUCAGCGCACUGGUGAGCGUCAAUUCAGAAAAAGCAUACACUGUUUUCUACAGCAAAAUGGAAGAGAGCGAGGUAUGCACAGUUUCAGUGGAGUUCAAAAGCAUCAACGACGCGAUGGCAUUCUACGAAGCCCCCGCUGUCCACUUGAGCUACAAAGAGAUCGAAGAGAUCGAGUCACUUGACAAAAAGCUCGAAGAAGUCUCCGAUCUUCUCGAGGAGACAGGAAGCUCCUGGAAAAAGCGAAGAAAGUGCUCAGAGCCCGAUGACGACGGGUUCAUAACAGUAUAA